GUUCAUACGUUUUAAUGUAGUAAUUAUUAAAUCUACAUUCAUAUUGAACAAAAACGAGGGUUUAUAUAUUGUUGCCGCUCUUCACAGGACGCCACUGCCGCCGUUGCAAACCCUAGAGGAGUUGAGCUCGCAGCAGCCGUCGGGACUUCAACCAUGCCGUCGCACAAGACCUUCAUGAUAAAGAAGAAGCUGGCGAAGAAACAGAGACAGAACAGGCCUAUCCCCUACUGGAUCCGGAUGCGUACCGACAACACCAUCCGCUACAACGCCAAGCGCCGCCACUGGCGCCGCACCAAGCUCGGCUUCUAGAUGUGGUCGGCUUCUUUUUUGUUCUUUUCCAAUGAUGUCACUUUUGUUGUCUCGCUUAGCAGCUGAUGGCUCGUUUUGCUGAAUUACAUAAUCUGUAUAAUGAUUAUACUUCUGAUGUAUGACUGUUGUUUGGUUUUUUGAUUGCUAUAGAAAGCUCAAUUUGGAAUUA